CUUGUCCUUGGCAGCGUUCGCAGACACUAUCAAUCGAGCGCCGUUUUGUUCAUUUAGGAGACCAUCUCUGUAAUCUCCCCGGAUAGCGAGAUAAUGAAACCGAAGGAUUUCGUUUUAUGGAAUAAACGCCUAGCCGCGGUGUACGCUUUCGGGGUGUGGACUAUGGUUGGCAGUUACGGAUUUUAUUAUUACACUACGAAGAGAAACGAAGAUGUCAAGAUGGUUGUGCCAGAAGCACAAAUGGACAAGGAGUUAAUAGAUUCUUCAUCAUUUGACGACAUGGGAGAAAAGAAGAAGAAAACUGGCUUUCAAGUUACCAACAGUGUUGAGUACAAGAAAGACUUUGUGCCGUAUUCAACAAGGGUUUACAAUUUUGUGACGGGAAUAUCUGGAACGACACCGGGCCCGAUAACAGAACAGAGUCGUGUCGAAAAAUAAAUAUGUUCAAGGGGACGUAUAUGGAAAUAUUUGGUAAUUCACUAUUCAGUGCUUCAUUGGCUGUGAUGUCCUCCCAACUCGGCAGCUAGAGGACACGUCAUUGUUUAUUUUGGGUCCUAAAUAAAAUAUAUGUAUAUAUCUUAAAGGGUGCGCUAACAUUGCUUAAUAAAGCAUGUGACAUGUAAAUUAGACGUGUUUAUAAUAAAAAAGGGUUUGAUUGCA